AUGUCGUGGCUCAACAUCUCCCCCGACUCUCAUUUCUCCGUUGCCAACAUUCCCUUUGGCAUCAUUUCCACCGCAAGCGACGCGACAAGGCGCCCGGCCGUUGCUAUCGGCGACUAUGCUUUAGAUCUCAAGGAAUUUGCCAGCGGUGGCGGUUUCUCUGCCUCUCCCGACAUCCAGAAGCACCAAGACGUUUUCUCGGCCCAGACUCUCAAUAACUUUGCUGCUCUGGGCCGAUCUUUCCAUCGCUCAACUCGCGAGUACCUCCAGUCCAUCUUCAGUGCAAACACCGAGAGCCCCCAAAUUCUCAAGGACAAUGAACAGCUCAAGCAAGCUGCGCUUUUGAAGCGCGCUGAUGUUCAGAACCACCUCCCUCUCAGCAUCGGCGACUACACCGAUUUCUACGCCGGCAAGAACCACGCAUACAAUGUUGGCGUUUUGUUCCGUGGUCCGGACAAUGCUCUGCAGCCCAACUAUACUCAUCUUCCUGUUGCGUACCACGGCCGCGCCAGUAGUGUGGUCGUCUCCGGCACUCCCCUCCGCCGACCUUGGGGACAGAUUCUCAAGGACCCCAAGGCCGAGCCCAAGAUCCCUACUCUGUCGCCCUGUCAGCGACUGGAUCUGGAGCUUGAAAUGGGCAUGUUCAUCUGUCGCGAAAACAAGCUGGGCAACCCGAUCCCUGUCGACCAGGCUGAGGACUACAUCUUCGGCUACGUCUUGAUGAACGACUGGAGUGCCAGAGACAUCCAGGCCUGGGAGUACAUUCCCCUCGGUCCUUUUACAGCCAAGAACAUGGGCACGACAAUCAGCGCCUGGGUAGUCUUGGCUGACGCUCUUAAUAAUUCAAGGACGGCUGGCAUCCCUAACGAUACUCCUCUUCUGCCUUACCUCCAGGAGAAGAAGAAGGACAACUGCCUCAAUAUCCAUCUAGAGGUUGACGUGACCACUGCAAAGGGCAACAAGACCACCAUCUCCAAGUCCAACUCCAAGAAUCUGCUGUGGUCCUGGCCACAGAUGAUUGCUCACCACACCAUAACCGGUUGUAACUUGCGUCCUGGCGACCUUUUGGGUUCAGGAACCAUCACGGGGGACAAGCCCGGCAGCGAGGGCAGUAUCCUGGAGCAAUCACAAGGCGGCAAGGUUCCUGUCAAGCUCCAAGGCGGAGAGGAGCGCAAGUUCUUUCAGGACGGAGAUACUGUAACUAUCCGAGGAUGGGCUGGUGAACAAGGCGCCUUGAUCGGAUUUGGUGAGGUGUCUGGCACCAUCCUGCCAGCCCUGCCUCUGUUUUGA